GCACAAGGAAGGUGGAAGAGUAAAAGGGAAGUGUUUAUCUUCAACGUCAUGAGGUUGGGUGCACAAAUUAAGGUUCCUAGGUGCUCGAUCAAGAAGCCUCAAGUUGCUAUGAAAAAACGGAAAACUGUCUGUUUUGUGGCCGAUUCUGGAACCCGCUUGAGCUGUCAUCUUUGGAGGCUUAAUCCAUACAGCUGGAUCAUUGUUAAUGGAAACUAGGAGUUGGGAUUUGAACUACGAGGUCACAUGAAUAAACGACUGAAGCCAGUUUGGAUCGUUGACCCUUGGAAGGCCAUGAACGAGGGCUCCAAAGGAGCUAUGGAGUUUGAGUGUUGGUUGAGUUCCAGCAACGAGUUUCUUCGUAUCGAUUGAAAACGCAUCAAUCGUGGCCGAGCUUCGCUUCAAACCAAUCGAGCCUUCGUCCACAUGAAAGAUUGCACCUUUGGCCCGCUUUCGUUUUAAGUUUUGAUUCAAAAUUUAGAUCCAUUCUUAGGUUGAAAUUGGGUUUUGCAUUCUGUUCAAAAAAAGCAUCUCAUGUGCUCGUAUUACUUCUUCACAAACAAAUUUCGUCCGUGUCUUCAGAUAAGUGGCAGAGGGCCUUUCGGAGGCUCAAGGAAGGGCGACCCAUUGCUUCGUAAACGGAUUGCAAAUCAAGAACAGUCUACUCGGUUCGCCCAACGACAUCUGAAAUCCGCACAGAAGCAAGUCCUUGAAGCGGUCCCAAAUCACGAAUCUCGAUCGAAUUUCGUCAGGCAUGGGGAGGAAACUCAGGAUAGACGACACGGGUUUGUCGUCGGGGAGGAGCAGGGGUUGUUCUCGUUUUCGUUCGGUCAUCCUCUAGUGGUGAGAAACGAAUCGGUGAUUGAAGGAAGGUUUGGAGAUCGUGGUGUUCCACAGCUUGCAUAUUGUUUUGCAGCGGCAGGCGGAUCUAGGGUUUGGCAGGCGGAUGAGAAUUUCUUCGAGGAGAUCAUCUCCCUUUUUGCUGAUGGGAUGGGCGGGUGUCGUAGUUUCAUCGGAAAAUUCAGCUAUAGGCUGCUGCCGCUGCAUCUUAGACGACCGGUAGCUUUCACCGAUCGCCAUGGCCAUUGGCCAGUGGAACUACUGGUGGCUGCUGGAAUGGUUGGUGAAUUAGCGAGACGAAGGGACUGUACGUUUAUUUAUAGUGGAGGCGCGCCGCCGCUUUUCCCUAAUAUAAUUGGGCUUGGGAGGUGGGCUUUUGGUUCUGUGUGCUGGCCCUGCGUCCAUGUGGCUGUCUAGCUGGAAAUAGUGGGUUGGCAUUUGGCCUGGUCCCAUAUUUUUAUAAAGAGCGACAACAACAAUUUGAACCCGUCAUGUUGGGUAUUGCCACACCUGACUCGUGAUGAGGCGGGUAUUACUCGACUCACAGUAGUGUGCGGUGGGGCAUGGAUAUUUACAUCAUACCGUCCUGACCCGCCUCGCCCCGUCUAUUCUAUCUCAAUUUAUUGCAAUAUAUAUUCACAAUUCACCUUUUUCAACUAGUUAGACUUGAUGUUCAACUAGCAAGACUCAGUUAAUCAUUCUAUUAUCACUAUUUUCAUUCAUAAAGUGUGUUUUUCUUAAUUUUUUCACAAAAAAGGUUAAAAGUUGCGUGUAUUUUUUUCAAAUAUUAUGUAAGAGUGGGUCAACUUACCCUGCCCAAGCAGUGGCGGAGCCACAGCAGCCCAAGGUGGGUCGGCUGCACCACCUUGGGUUUGCAACUCACAUGCAAAUAUUAGUAAUAAGGUGUGAAGAGGGUUAUCAAACUGUUGAUUAGAAUUUAUUAACAGCUACCAGAAGUUGUACAGAAAAAGUCAGUGAUACGAUAUCUUAUGUGGAAAUUGAGGUUUAAUCAUGGUUCAAUCGUUUUAUACUGCUAAAUAUCUCAUAUCAAUUUGGCCUAUAAUAGAAGGUUUUUCUUGUCGAACCGUUAAUACAGUGUGGUUUUCCAAUCCUUGGAAUUUGUUAACAAGGUUCAGCUACCAGUCAUUUAUUUUAUGUUUUAACUUUUAACAUCUAAUUUAUUUAUUCAUCAAUAUCUAAUAGUUUAGUUUACAUGAAACCAAGAAAUAUGACCUCGCUUGUGAUUUAUUACCCAUCCCAAUCCCUAAUACCACAUCACCCCAAAUUAUCACCAACCUACUUUCUUUUACUCACAUAUCACAAUUUCGGAAUUCCCACAAGGCACAACCUCAAUCCAAUAACUCUGUCAACCGUAGACUAGUCGUUGCUUCUGGGAAAAUGUCGCUUGUGACGUGAAGGCAUUCUCUAACAUUUGAGUCAGGUUGUUGAUCGUCACUUGCACUUACCGUUCACAGAGAUAUAUAUCAAUGUCGCCCACCUUAACAAAAUUUCUGGCUACGCCACUGUGUACAGUGGCUAGAAAAUUGUGAAUUGGAAAAUUGUGAGCCUAUGCCCAAGUGGCUACUAUGGUCGUAUUCAGGGAGAAAUUGUUCGAUGCACCCGAUGCAUAGCCUACAUGGUGCACCCCUCCAAUAAUAAUUUACUCGUGUUUUCAUAUUAAACUUUUUAUGAAAUU